GCGGCCAUGAAGCGGAGAGGCCCCAAGGUGGAGGCCUGCGGCGUGUGGCUGGACGCGGCGGCGCUGAAGAGACAGAAAGUGCAGACACAUCUAAUCAAACCAGGCACCAAAAUGCUAACACUCUUUCCAGGAGAGAAAAAGGCGAAGAUUUCUUUUACUCAAAGAAGUACUCCACCUGCAGGCAUUCAGCAGACCAACAUUGCUUCCUUCUUCACCUUGCGGCCAGGAAAGACCAGUGAUGGUGACCAGACGAGUGUUUCCUCUCAUACGGAAAGUCAGACCAACAAAGAAUCUAAGAAAGAUGCAACCCAGCUAGAGCAUUUUCUCCAGGACGUGCGGGAUGAUUGUGUGGCAUCCCCUUUAGCCACUUCAACCCCUGCAGACAUCUGGGACACUGGACUUUGUCCUCAGUCCCUCCAGACUUGUGGCCACCACAGAGUGGAAACCCCAUUUCUGACUGUGCUAUCUUUGCCUGACACCCCAGUCUGUCCUGGAGAAAGUAAAGCCUCACUGGCUUUUUCCUUCACUCAGGACUUGCAAAGUUCUUAUUUGCUGGACCAAAAGGAGGGAGAGGGAGAGGAAGAUUCCUCUGGGAAUAGGGAAUGGCUUCACGGAUCUAAGAAAAAGAACUAUCAGGACAUUGAGAGAAACCGGAAACUGCCUGGGGGCAAAUGCCAUCAACCCUUGGACAAGACUAAACUGGAAAGGAAAGUGUCUGCCAAAGAAAACCGGCAGGCCCCUCCCCUUCAUACUUACAGGGAUUCCUGGAAUGGAGAAAACACAGUGUCAGCAAAGCAGAGCCCUUGUCCUGUUCCUCGGUUUUCCUGGGACAGUGAAACGAGAGACAAGGACUCCUGGAGUCAGCUCUUCACUGACGAUUCUCAGGGCCAGCGGGUCAUUGCCCACAACUCUAGAGCCCCUUUCCGAGAUGUAACCAACGACCAGAAUCAGGGUUUAAGGCAGGCUCCUAACGGCCCUCAGGCUCAGUGCCAGGAUGGGCCUGCUCAGUUAAAUCUGCAGCCUGAUUGGCUCUUUACCCAGGACUCUGAAGGUAAUCAAGUUAUCAGGCACCAAUUCUGA